AUGUCGACAUCGAAUAGUGGGGACAGUGAUGACGCAGAUAAGGUAAAUUACCAUUUCGAAUUAAAUGUUCGUUUCGUUCAAGGCUUCCACUGCUGACGAAUCGCGCAAGUGGUCGGAAGACGAGAACUCGGAUUCGUUGACGGAAUCAGAUGAGGAAGAUAUUUCCGCAUCCACAACCACAGAGACUGACUCCGCCGAAGCCAGAAGACGGGCUAAGUUGGCCAAGAGAGUUAGGCGUAAGUACUAUUCUUCCUUCUUGUCAGUUAAAAUUUAUGUUUUUAGAGCAUCAGAGCGACACUGAGACCAGGAAUCUUCUUGACGACAUUGGGGAUGGUGAGGAUGACAUUAUUGAUCUGGAAGAGUCCAAAGGAGCAAAUUCUCUAGGUAUGUGUUUUCAUUAGGGUUGUUAAUUAGACGUUAAAUUGCCGUCAUUUUGGCUAACACCCCAAGUGCGACGCUCAGAUUUUGAUGAAACUUGGCACAGAUUUAGAAUAAUUUUUUCUAAUAUAUGUGACAGAACACUAGCUCGCGUUUUGCAGAAACUGUCGAGAUUUUUAGAUUGAAAGGCGGCGAAAUUUUAGGACUUUUUGCCGAAUUUCGGGCACGAAAAGUUUCCUACCUAUUUCUACCGUAAAGGGUAAUGUUUCCAAAAAAAAUAAAAAUUUUCCGCACGAAACUGCUAAGGUUAUGGCCAGAAAGCGUUUUUCUCUCUGGCCGCUCUCCGCGUUAAGCGUACUCUCUCGGCGACAAAGAUGGUUCAAUAUCUCGGUGGCGCUUCGUUCAAUUGCAUCAACCACUGUUGGUAGCUGAUGCCAUUAAUCCUUUUACCGAGUUCCAAGAGCUCGUAGUAGAGAACAUCUUGUUUAUGUCAUCAUAUACGGUGCAAAGCUUCCGUUUCGGUAAUGAUGGACUGUGCGGUCGCUUGCGCUUAGAGUUGUCAAAACCAUGUUGUAAAAAAAUCAGUGUACGUAGGUGCCCCACCCUCUUGUUUCUAAAAAAAAUUUAGUAUUUUACGAUUUUUUAGCAGAAAUCUACCAAAAGUUCAGUUUGAUAAACAAAAUGACAGAACAAUUUACAUGACAAAAAUGGCGGCAAUGUGAGAACGUGACUGACGCAUCAAGUUGUCGACUUAGCAACCCUAUUUUCAUUAAAGCAAUAAUGCAAAAAAUUUAGAUUUGAGAUUUUUUGAUAUGUCUGAUGAACAACUUGAUUAUUACACCAAUUGUUUCCUAUAUUUACAAAGGAAGACUCAAGGGCAAGCGACGAUGGGUGGAGCGGUUUCUGGGGCCGAAGAUCUGGUGGUCGAGUUCUUCAGGAAGAGUAAAUUAGACACUCACACCCUUUCAAAGGUCUGGGCUUUGGCUGACGUAAAUGAAGAUGGAUUCUUGAAUCAUUCCGAGUUUGUUAUUGCGAUGCAUAUGAUUGUUCUGCAUGUAAAGGUGAGUUGUUAGGUAUGCAUCGUUAAUUGCAAUUUUAGGGGAGCGUUCCAAUCCCGUCUCGACUUCCAAGCCCGGUCCGACCUUGCCCUACCCCUGUUCGCCAUAAAUUUUACGAAUUCCACAAUAGUACAGCAUCUUCAACCUUGACUACAAGUGGAGGUUACUCUCAAGAAAACGCAUCAACAUCUAAAGCACUCGACACUUCAAAUUUCCAAUCUAACGAAGGCCAAAAGCAUCAACAUUCCCUCUCAGAUGAUCAUAUCCACUCUUAUAUUCAACAGCAUGAAGUUCGAGUCACCGACUUCUCAGAUGCUCCACCUGUAUUGGUGGACAACAGACCUCAACCCCUUAAUCCAACGAAUUCAAAGGGUUUGGCUCUUCUUAACGCUCUGUCCAGCAAAGGUCCCCCGCCCCAACCUCCUCCGCGAGAUUAUCAUAAUAAGGGGCAUGGCCGUAGUGCAUCUUUAGAUCUGAAGGCUUUUGGAGGAACAUCACUUGGAGUCCAGUAAGCUCAGGGAUCCGUUCCAUGAAAUAAUUUUAGUAAUCAUAGUGUAAUCCCUUCACUAAGUUCGUCCAAUCCUCAACCCGUUGGCUCUUCAGAUGUCCAAUCCCAAUCUCACUCACUUUACACGAGUUCUGAACAGCCACCUUAUCCUCCGGGAUCUCAAAGCGGGGUUGGUGGAUCUCUUCCAGCCAUACAUGAUAAGAAGCCCGGCUUUCAUCCACCUUUGCCCCCCAAUCGACCUUGCGAAAGGAAAACUCAAGAGACCCAGACGGAUUAUGAAGAGCCAGUUUCUCUGGAUUCGGAUGUAAUGGCCUCACUCUUGACCGAUAUGGAAGAUCUGGCUCCCAAAGAAAGAUGUGAGCUUUUGAGGAAAUAUAAUACAGAAUUGGAAGCGGAAAAGGCGACAUUGGCUCAGAUUCGUUUACAAUUACAACUGAGGAUAGAGGAAGCGAUGGGCGUUCUGAAACAUCUCGGGUUGGACCACUCGUUGACCCAUUCCAAAUGCUCUUCUAGUCUUUCACAACCAGUUAAACCCACUGCACUAUGA